AUGCCCAGGGUAGUUCAGGUAAGCUCGACCAGCAACCUCAACGUAAAUACACGGGACCGGGAACAGGCUGAAGAUUUUACCGACGCCGACGAUGGUUUUAAUAAAAACCACAACCAACAGGAACAUUGCAGUUUGAGUUUUGAUGCGUUGCCCCAAUAUCUGCAGUUUCCUAUAGACUACGCGGCGUACAAUGUGGUCUAUUGUCCGUCAGACAACGACCCGUACUGUUUACACUGUGAGGUUGGUGGUGAGGUAGUCAAAUACAAGAAAGACGCCAGGAUAUGGCUCCACAAAAGCAGUGAUAAUAACAGAAUACAUGCUAGUAAAAAUACGAACACUCCGGAAACAAGAAAAGCAACUGCAAAUGAAGAUGAUUCUAACUAUGAUGAUAUUAAGCGACGUCUAGGGAAAAUUCAACACUAUUUUCAAAACGUUUGUGCCUCAAAUGUUGGUUACACUCACGGCCCUUAUAGAACAGCCGUCGGUAUUGACAGCGACAUUUCUUCUCUCGGUGACUCGGACGCCGACCUGACAUAUUCGGAGGAGUCCAGUCCGUCUCAUUCCAUUACAAACACCAAUAUUCACACGACAAAGUUGGAUUCCCGUGUUACAUUCGCAGACAUUAACGAGCAUGCCAAUAUUACCCAGAAUGAGAGUUUAUCCAACACGUCGAUGAUCUUGGAGACUGAUAUCGCUGAUCCCUCCGAAAUACAAGUCGAUGUCUCAGAUUCGCACAUGUGCACGGAGAACGCUAGCGGAAACAACAGCCGGAGCGGACUGACUUCCUGUGAGGUGGCAAGGCGGCUAGCGCCGGCCAUCGAUAUGGAACACGAGUCGCUAUCGGACGGCCUUCUGGACAGCGCCGUGAACAGCUUCAUCACCGACCACACCGUCGGAGCGUUCCGCCGCCGCCGACAACGAAGUAAUGACUCGAGGUAA